UUCUUCAAUACAUCGAGGAUUGGAAAAAUAAAUGGGACAACGAGGAUCUCAGUAGUGCGCGCUUUCCACUUGUGCCAACUUUGUGUAGAGCGCGUCCGAUCAGUGCGCGCAGGGCGCAGAGCGCAGGGAGCUGGAUGAGGCAGGAGACGGCUCACUGAGCUGCAAGAACGCCGGUGUGAGUUUCCCAGAACCAAACUCUCCAAUGUCCCCGGACAGCAUGAUGAUCGCCGGACUUCUGCUCCACGUCUUCUUGCAGGGCAGUUUACUGGCAUCGGCGUCCUUAGACUGUUUAGUGGCGGAGCAGGGCUGCAUCCAGGAGCAGUCCUGCAUGGUACUGUAUCGACUGCUGGAGUACUGCUCGGCUGAGGAGGCGGUGUCGCCUCUGGGACCAGAUGCUCGCCUGGAGUGCUUAGAGGCCCAGAAUUCCUUGCAGAGGUAUCGCCCCCUCCAGGUAUGCAAGUGCCAGCGUGGCUCUCGUAGGGAGGAACAUUGCCUCAGGGUCUACUGGACUGUGAGAUUUGCAGCAUAUGAUGAGUAUGAUGUGUCCCCAUAUGAAGAACUCAAGUUAAAUCUAGUGAGAAACAUUGAAAUGUCUCGCAUGGCGUCCAUCAUGGCAGCUUCCUCUCUUUCUGUGGAUGGCCAAAACCAGUGUCUAAAGGCAGCGCAGGACUGUGGCCUAUAUGAAAAAUGCGGCUCCUUGCGGUCAGAAUAUGUUGUCGCCUGCACCAAGCGAGCAACUUUCUCUGACAACAGCUGCAACCGUCAGAAAUGCCAUAAAGCCCUGCGGCGCUUCCUGGAGCGGGUUCCAGAAGAAUAUAGCUUUGCCCUCCUGUUCUGUCCCUGCUCUGACACUCUGUGUGGGGAGCGCCGUCGCAAGACCAUUGUCCCGUCGUGCUCCUAUGAGGAGAAUGUGAGAGGGGAGGAGCGUAUGGGCAAGCCCAACUGCCUCAGUCUGCAGAACUACUGCUCCAGAGAUGAGCUGUGUAGAUCUCGCUUUGCUGAUUUCCAGCACAAUUGCCAGCCAUCCCUCCUGUCUGCCUCUGGCUGCAUGCGAGAAAGCAGAGCCAUGUGCCUGAAGGCUUACGCUGGACUCAUAGGCACCAUCAUGACUCCCAACUACGUGAGCAACAGCAGCACAGAGGUAUCCCAGUGGUGCACAUGUGAAGGCAGUGGAAACGAAUGGCAGGGGUGUCAGCGCAUCCUGCACAUGUUCAGCAAUAAUAUUUGUCUACGCAAUGCCAUCAGCUCCAUGGGAGUCUCUGCACCUCCUCCUGUGGAAAACACUCCGGUUCCGGCUUCACAGCCGUCCCCACGCAUCUCCCAGGAAAGGGUCCACGUUAGCGUUAACACUAUCCCAGACUUCCACAGUAUGGAGGACAGUGAGGAAGAAGAAGAAGAAGAAGAAGAGCAGGAGGAAGAACAAAGUGAGGAAUUCAAUGUCAUCCCACCGUAUUCUGAGAAGGACUCUAACCCAGACUCGGGGAACAGAGGUAGCCAGCGGGGAGCAGCUUGUCGAGUGUUACCAGUGCUACCAUUACUGCUGCUGCCCACAAUCAACCUGGACUGAGAUUGUUGGGGCUCCUGAGGCCUGUGGCACCUCCACAGCUCAUACUUUACACUUAUUACCAUCUCCACCUCCAUCCCGGCACUUACUGGACUACAGAAGACGGCUCAGAGGAUGAAAUGCUCCCACUUAAGUUUGGAAUGUUUCUUUUUCUUUCUCAUUUUACAGCUUUUAUAGCUUGACUUUAUCUUACGUUUGCAGUUUGUGGACCUGUAAAAUGAAAGAAAUAUGAAUUCAUGACUGGAUUGAAAAGCACCGUCCGGUUCAAUAAGUCUAUUUCCAGCAUUUUUUCAGUCAAAGUACAUCCCCUCCUUUAACGGGAAGCACAUUGCUUCGGGUCACAUUUGCUAUAUGUGCUUCCAAAAAUCAUAACCAGCUGACUCCACAGCAACCAUGCCCAAGCAAGGCUUUUAAUUUCUAUUUCAUGACUCAUGUGACAUCGGCUUUUUCGUACCCCCUUCAGCAUUUCCUUUCCUUCCACCAUACUGAUUCAGAUACUCCACUUUACAACAAGCUAUUAAGGGGCUGCACCACACUUAAAAUCCUUUGUGCUUUUUUAAAAGAUAUUUAAAAAAAUGGCAAGAUGUGAACCAGUGUGCAGUCACAGCGGGCAUUAUUUUAACCCUUGGUUCUAUACUUCUUUCUUUUUUGUGCGUGGCCACUUCUUUUCUUAAUGCAGCACUCGGUAUUAUUCCUGUCAGCGUGAGCGACUGAGGAUUCAGCCACAGGCAAAAGUAAUGAGAUCAAAUUGUACUGUAGAAACGACGAACAAAGAAAAGCAACAUAAGCAAUUAUGGCACAAUCAAAAUGGCUCAGCAUGCAGGAAAAGUCUGGGAUCAGGCUCAGGGGAGGAGGUAACCAAUUUUACUGCUGUCAGACCCUCGUGUGUUUUAUCCUUAAGAGACGUGUUUUUACUGCUCGCUCCCCAUCAUGUGCUUUAGAUAUUGUGCAGAAAAAAGGGACGAACGCAGGAGGUUGAGCAUCACACCGAGCUCUCUGCCACAAGUAUGUUUUGCUGAUGUUAAAAGUUUGUUUCUGACUCAUUUUCUAAGGAAAUUACACUGCUACAGGAUUGUUGUUAAUGUGAAAAAGUGACUUCAGGCAAAAGAGACAAACUUACCUGGUUUGAAGAUAGUGUAGAUGCUUCUGAGCACUACAAGGUGACUGCAUAAUGUGGG